AUGCACAGCAGCCUCUUCACGUCCGUUCUUCUUGCCGCCUCGGCGCAGGCCGCGCACGUCCACCUCCGCGACAUCAAGGCGGCCCAGGAGUACCGCGGUGACACCGCGUGCACGAGCGGCAACUACUGCAAGGUCAUCAACGAGUGGUACUCGCAGUGCCAGCCCGGCGGCCAGAGCGAGGUCGGCGUCUGGGGCCAGUGCGGCGGCAAGAACUACAACGGCGCGACCAAGUGCACGUCCGGCAACACGUGCAAGGUCUGGAACGAGUGGAACUCGCAGUGCGUCCCGAGCAACGACCAGCCCGCGACCGCGCCGCUCAACUGGGCGCAGGUCGACGGCUACACGUGCGCCGGCAACACAGACUUUUAUGGCAGCGACAUUGGCCAGGCGCAAACGCGCUUCGACCGGUGCCUCGACGAGUGCGACUACUACGAGUCGGGCGGCCACAAGUGCAACGCGUUCAUGUGGGUGCGCAACCCCGGCAGCGAGUUUGGCAUCUGCUACUUCAAGUCCUUCGACGACUUCAACCGCAAGCCGUCGACGAGCUGGCUCGGUGGCAUCUCGUGCAAGCGCAACCCCAAGUACAUGCAGCACUAA